AGAAAGGAAAAAAUAAAAAAUAGAGACCUGGUUUUUUUUCGAAAAAAAAAAUUAGGCCUUUUUUUUCAAAAAAGAAAACCAGGUCUUGUAAUAAUUAUAUCGCAUUCUUAAUUUGAUUCUUCUUCAUCUCUUGCAAAAUCUUGGAAACUAUUCUUUGUUGGAGAAUUCUCUGUCGAGAAGCUUCGUCAAGCUUCAACAAUGAACGACCUUUUCUCGGACUCGUUUGGGAGGCAACCCUCCAGAGGUGGAGAUGUUGAGUUAGAAGCACAAAAUUCAGGGGACCUGUCCCUUCAAGAUUUCUUUAAAAAGGUUCAAGAUAUCGAUAAACAAUACGAGAAGCUGAAUAAGCUACUCAGAAAGCUCCAGGAUGCACAUGAGGAGUCAAAGGCAGUGACAAAGGCUCCUGCCAUGAAAAAUAUCAAGCAGCGGAUGGAGAAAGAUGUUGAUGAAGUUGGAAAAAUUUCCCGCUUUAUAAAGGCAAAAAUUGAAGAAUUGGAUAGAGAGAAUUUAGCCAAUAGGCAGAAGCCUGGUUGUGGAAAAGGAACAGGUGUAGACCGGUCAAGGACAGCAACAACUCUCGCCUUGAAAAAGAAGUUCAAAGACAAAAUGGCUGAGUUUCAGACUCUUAGAGAAACCAUCCAUCAAGAGUAUCGGGACGUUGUUGAGAGACGCGUUUUUACAGUAACGGGUCAAAGAGCUGAUGAAGAGACAAUUGAAAGAUUGAUUGAGACUGGAGAUGGUGAACAAAUAUUCCAGAGAGCAAUUCAGGAACAAGGAAGAGGCCAGAUAAUGGACACCGUUUCUGAAAUUCAGGAACGCCAUGAUGCAGUUAGAGAUUUGGAGAAGAAGCUUCUCGACUUACAGCAGGUAUUUUUGGAUAUGGCAGUGUUGGUGGAGGCGCAAGGAGAGAUGCUCAACAAUAUAGAAUCUCAGGUCUCCAGUGCAGUAGAUCAUGUGCAGUCAGGGAACACUGCCCUCCAAAAGGCAAAGAAGCUACAAAAGAACUCAAGAAAAUGGAUGUGCAUUGCUAUCAUAAUCCUUCUGAUAAUAGUUGUAAUCAUCGUUGUUGGUGUGUUAAAGCCAUGGACUAGCAAACAGGGUGCGUAACCAUUCUUGUUGUACAAUACAUUCUUACAUGAAUUCUGUCAAAUGAUACGUCCGGCAGCUCCUGUUAAAUAUCUGAGGUCCAUGUAUCCAACCACCUACUCUUGCAGUUGUCAUCCCAUUGCUAGACAGAAAGCCUUCAUGUACGAAACGUAAUAUUCUUUCUUGCUUUUGUACACAUUAAAUAUGAUGUCGUCCU